UUAGAACCAAAAUCAACAGUUUCUGUCACUUUAGAGAAAACUGCUCAGUCAUUGUGUUUGAUUGCAUUUUAUUUUAUAUGUAUGUUUUCCAGAAAAUUGAAAAUGGCAAACUUCACAUCCACAUCCAGAACGAGUGGUCUUGUUGAAUACAUGUGUGAUACUAAUGUUCCCACCAUCACUGGUCCCCUUUUCAUCUUGAUCUUCAUCCUCAGUAUCAUAUGCAACAGCCUCCUCUUAUGUGUUCUUUUCAUCUACGAGAAUCUGAAAAGUAUCACAAAUAUUUUCAUCCUGAACCUGGCCUGCUCUGAUUUGAUCUUCACCAUCACACUUCCAUUCUGGGCCGCUGAUCACCUACACAACUGGGUCUUUGGGGACUUUGUCUGCAAAGUUAUCACUGCUGGAUUCGCUGUUGGUUUGUACAGCAGUGUCAUUCUGCUGACUGCUAUGACAGUGGAUCGUUUUACUACUGUUGUACUGCACAACUGGCCGAUCAGCCAUGUCAGAGUGAAGAAGUGUGCAAUUGGUGCCUGUAUAGCUGCCUGGGUCAUCAGCAUCUUAGCGUCCCUGAGUGAUGCAAUGAAAGUAAAGGUUGAAAGCUGGGAAGGUAAAAACUUUUGCUAUGAUGAAUCUGAAGACACGCUUGGACAUUAUCUCCAAGUGUCACUGCUAUUCUUCCUCCCAUUUGCCAUCAUUAUUUUCUGCUACUCUGCCAUCCUCAUGAAAGUUUUGCAAGGUUUAAACAGAAGGAAGUUCAGGACUGUGGCUGUGCUGUUGUGUAUUGUUGCAGCCUUUUUCAUUUGCUGGGGGCCAUACCAUAUUAUGCUUUUAAUCAAGUCUCUCAAUACAAACAAUGAUUGUAAGGUACUGAAACGGUUAGCAGUUGCCUACCAUAUCUGUGAAAUGCUUGCCUAUUCUCACUGCUGUAUGAACCCUCUGCUAUAUAUGCUCUCGCAGAAGUUGCGAAAGCAUCUGUUGAGUCUUUUGCGCUGUGAAAAAGUGAACAGGAAGAAGAGAGAGAGAAGCACCAGCCUGAACACUUCACAACAAUUCACACUGCAGAGCUCUGCUGUUUAGAUGGAACUGCACAACUAUCCAUUUAACAGUCACUAAUAAAAUUAAACCUUGAUUCAGGCUGAUACAGUCAUAGUACUUUGAUGUGUAAGUGUAUUAACUCAUUCAUUGAGGCAAA